AUGGCUCGAGAAUAUGAUCAUUUGUUUAAGUUACUCAUUAUUGGAGACAGUGGAGUCGGAAAAAGUUCACUGCUUCUCAGGUUCGCUGAUAACACAUUCAAUGGAAGCUACAUAACGACCAUAGGAGUUGACUUCAAAAUCCGAACUGUUGAAGUCGACGGUGAGAGAGUUAAGUUACAAAUUUGGGACACCGCUGGUCAAGAACGUUUUCGUACAAUAACGUCAACGUACUACAGAGGAACACAUGGUGUUAUUGUUGUUUAUGAUGUGACCAGCGGCGAUUCGUUUGCAAAUGUUAAACGAUGGCUGCAUGAAAUAGAGCACAAUUGCGAUAUUGUCAACAGGGUUCUAGUUGGGAACAAAAAUGAUGCGCCUAAUCACAAAGUCGUUUUGACAGAAGAUGCUCAGCGGUUUGCCAACCAAAUGGGCAUCCAAUUAUUCGAAACUUCUGCUAAAGAUAAUAUUAAUGUUGAAGAGAUGUUUAUGGCGAUAACACGUCAAGUUUUACGCACAAAAAAAGAACGUAAAGAACGUCAGGCUAUACAAACAAACGAAACGGUUAAUUUAAGAAAAAGUACCAAGCAACAUAGGAAAAAAUGUUGUUAG